AUGAAGAUCCUACCCAAGUCUCCGUUGCUUGUGGCUCCUCAUAAAUGGAGUAACAAACCGUUUCUUCUAUCAUUCAAGCAUUUGAAUGCCAUCAAUAACGGAAUCAACUCAUCGAGUUUACAAUCAAUUGAGCCACCAGCAUCAUCAUCGCUGGUGGCUGUCCUUGGUAAAGUGAAUUCCUCCUCAGAAGAUAUCAGUGGAGGUUUUGUAAUUCCCCCAUUUGACAGCGAUUGGUUUCAUAAGAUCUUGUCGAGCAAAUCAAAGUUGGACAUGACUUCCAGACGCCGUAUUCCAAAAGAUUUAUUGCUAGGGUUUACGAUGGUGAAACGAGGGACUGAAGUAAAUGGUACCAACAACAAUAAUGAUCUUGAGCAGGUAUCUCAGGAAAAACCAAAGCUUUAUAUGUAUCCGAUAGACCUUGACCCCGACUUUAUUGAUCUCCCCAUCCCCAGCCUAUAUCGGAGUUACUUGCCAUUAUCUCCUGGGUACUUGGAGCUCAUCAGUCUGGUGAAAAACCGGUCCCGCGGCAAGAGUCGUCGCAAGUUAGGCCUGGUGUUGUUGAAUCAAGAAAACCGAGAACUGUUGGGUGAUCAAGACUUGGUGUGGAUGGAAGACAUUCAACAUUUGGUAAUGUUCAAGCUUUGCGAAUAUACUUCCCAGUUCUUCAAGCACUGGAUCAUUGACAAGAAAAAAAACGAAACAACGAAAAGCUGGAAGCUGCCAUCGAAUAUCAACGAUACACAAACUCCAUUGGAAUCCCAUGUUCGUCGAUCGCUGAUAGUUUUGGCAUUUACUCCCGUUGAGGCCACUUCUCCCGAAUUGAUGAACCAAAAAUGGCCUCUGGGUAAGAGAGUGUUGGCAAAAAUCCUACAAGCACCUCCUAAAAACUUUAUUGAUCAAUUAGACUGUGAGGAUGACAAGGGAAAAUAUACGUUGCAGGUGUUUAAUGUGCGGAAAGCGUUGGAUAAGAUUUACGAAACCUAUACCUCACCAGAAGUGAGCGAUCAUGCAUUAUCCAAAAAGAUCAUCAACGCCUGUCAAGAGUUUGAGGACCUACUCAAGGAAAAUUUCCAUCUGGCUGACCAAUAUGUGGUAUUGCAAAGUGAUGCAUCUGAUGAAUGUUAUAAAUUUAUGAAGUUCUUGGUUAGAUGGGUGCUCUACAUCGAAGGUCCUUAA